GUUCUAUCAGCUUCUAAUGGCGAAAAAGGCGUUUCUGCUCAGCUUCCUCGUGUUAUAUUGUUGGAAAAGCGAGAGUUCCGUGUCCAGAUCGAGGAGGCAAAUAUUGUACCCACCGCCAAUUGUCUACCCAUAUGGAGGAACAUUCAAGCUCAUCGUGGGAUUUGCAGUGCCCGUACAGCUCUCAGGUAGGAUUUUGGUUUACGGGCAGAACUUGCAGUUCCAAUACCUCUUGCCGCAAAACGCGACGCUCUUCACGGAGUUUUUCGCGUCAUCGUCGCGACGGCGACGUGAAAGCGUUAGCUGGAACGAAAGGAUGACUAUCUAUCGGCUUUUGGAGGAGGAGUUUGAAAGAAGAGGGAUAAAUGGGAGAGAGUGCAUGAAAAAGAGCAUAUGCGAAACAGCAACGACACCUUUGGAGGACGAAGGACUUGUGGGAGAAUUGUUUCACCUUUUACUUACGCCUCGAAAAAGCGAUACACCUUUAGAGUCCGAGUAUUUACAAGCCCUAGAAUUUGGACGAGGAUAUCAGGAUUGCUCACGGAUUUACAGAUCAUGUCUUCCUGGUCAAGGAAUUCUAGAUCAAAUCUCAAAAAUAAUAUAACCCAAAGCCAAUUUUACAAAUCAACUAAAUUUAAAAUUAAUAAAGAAAGCCCAGAGAACAUUAUGACUUAAAUAAGAUUUUAUUAUUAAGCGUUCAAAUGUAAGUUGAAAAUAAUUCAUACAAAGAAAUGAUUAUAUUUCAAUGUUUCUCGACUGUGGUAUGAUUUGUACUGGACGUAGAUAUGAUGGUGAAUAGUAUGACACUUUUCUGACGGAAUCUACAGAAUUCGAAAGAUAUGAAUUAUUUGCAACAAUUGCGUAUAAUCUUUUAUUUAAAUAAUUAAAGGAAUUUUAAAAGCAAUAUUUAACAUUCUCGUAAACAUGUUCAAAUAAGUUCGAAUACAAAUAAAUAAUUUACACAAAUUUACUACAAAUAAAAAUUUACAUAUAUGUAUGAUUCUUAUUAAAUAUUUUUUACACAGUGAUACAUAUUAAAAUUUCUACAUCUAUCGUUAAUUCUUACUUUUAACCGCUAAGCGACUGUAAUAUUAAAUGUCGUAGAUAUUUAUCUAGAUAAUUAUAAAUAAAUAUCAAAAAAUAAAUUUGAAAUUACUGUAAACAUAAGGAAAUUAUAAUAGAGAUUAUUUAACGGUUUCAACGAAAACAUUUAAAUUGAUUUAUAAAUAAGAGCGUUUUAAACAGUUUCUCAUUAGUGAUCGUAUUCAGUUAUGUCAAUAUAUAAAAACGAAACAGAGAAUAAAUUCUUGGAUAGUUCGAUAUUGCUAUAAUGUCUCUAUUUUGUAAUUUUUAAUGACAGUGGUGGUGUUGUUUACACUGUUGUUGCGCAGGUAAUGUAAUUAAAAAAAGUUGCGCAUCGACAGUCUAACAACCACGACACUGUAUCGCUAGAUGUUAUAGAAUAGUGUUCCCGAAGAACGAUCUUACGGCUUUAUAACAAGUUUCAUAACACAGGGAACUUCUUAAAAUUUGAGAUCAAAUUCCAUUGGAUAUAUCUCUUCAAUGUCUUUCGGGAUUUGUAUGCCAAAUAAUGAUAAAUAAAGGAUUACAGAGGGUACUCUUGGAUAUUCGAGUAAGUUUAACAUAUUGUUGGGGUCAAAUUCAUUACUGAGGAAGUAACAUUGACUGUCCUUUUUGUGAAAAAAAUGUUAAAUUGUAGUCUUCCAGUUUAUG